CCCUGCCCAGACGUGUGGGAAGGGGUCAGUUUUUUGUUUGGACCCAUCCUUGGGCCGAAUACCUUCAACUCUACAAGACUCUCGGUGGAUUACAUUUUUUAGAAUUUUUUUCUCGGAAUGCUAUUUUAACUCAUCCUUUUAUGUUUACCCUUCAGGUUUAUGGUUAUGGAGGAGUUAGUAUUGUAGUUGAGGUAUCGACUGAUAAGAUACAUCGUUCUGUGGCAAAGAUACGAGAAGUGAUAAGGGACUAUGGAGGAAAGAUGGCAGAUUCUGGGUCUGUGACAUUUAAGUUUAGACGUGUUAGGGUAGUAAAUAUUAAAGCUACUAAUGCUGACAAAGAUCAGCUGCUUUCCAUUGCUUUGGAUGCUGGAGCUGAGGAUGUAAUUGAACCUCCAACUUAUGAAGAUGACACUGAAGAGGAUAGCUCAGAAAGGUAUUAUAAAAUUGUUGGUUCUUCAGAGAACUAUUCAUCUAUAUUAUCUAAGCUGCGAGAAGAGGGCAUAGAUUUUGAGCCUGAUAAUGGUUCCGAGCUUCUUCCAAAUACCACGGUUGAGGUAGACGAUGAGGCUAUGGACUUGAACAAGCAACUUAUGAGCAAAUUACUUGAGCUUGAUGAUGUUGAUGCUGUUUAUACCGAUCAAAAAUAAUUAUUUUUAUGCUUAAAAGCUGUUCAUCAGACAACUCAAGGUUCUCUUGGACACUGGAAGCUCCCAUCACAAAAUGUACCUCUGGUUUAUUUACAAAAUGAAAAUAGGUUCCAAAAGUUAUUGGGGAUUCCUCAGGUGAAUAAUUUGUUGAUCUGACUGUUUAAUCCGAUUCCUUUUUUUUUUGAGAGGACGGCCAGAUGCUUGCUUUCUGGAGGGGAUUUCAUUUUGAAAUUAUUUGAUUCAAACGCGAGGAUGUUUAAAUCAUGUACUGUCUUAUAUUAUAAACUGACAAAGUUUAAUAAUAAUAAAACAAGGUAAAUCUAGAUUC